ACCACCGCCAGUCAGUGGAAUGAUGUUGUUGCUCCUCUACAUCAACUUCUUUGCCUCCAUCCAAGGAUCGGCCGGAGCUGCUAAAAAACCUCGAUCUCUCCCUUCAGUACCUUUCGUACCUAGUAUAAACCAGCUUGCAAAAAGAGGAGGAUAUAAAGCCACCAAUUACGAAUUAUUUACAGAGGAUGGCUACAGCAUUUGGCUCCACAGGAUUGGCGAGAACUCCGGAUCUCCUGUUCUUAUACAGCAUGGAAUUAUGUUGGCAGCAGACUCCUGGAUCACAAGAGGACACAACAAGAAGGACCUUGCCUUCAUGUUGCUGGAUCUAGGGUACGAUGUAUGGCUGUCCAACCACAGAGGAACUUUCUUCAACGAGUACAGUAUCAAGUAUAAUAGAACAGACCCUAGAUUUUGGGAUUUCAGUUUUCAUGAAUCAGGAAUAUAUGAUUUACCUGUCGCCGUUGACAAGAUAUUGGAAGUACGCAAGCUUAAAAAAAUCUUCUAUGUCGGACAUUCUCUAGGAACUAUAACAUUUGCCGUGAUGUGCACGAUGAAACCUGAGUACAACAACAAAAUAGAAGCCGCUAUGCUCCUGUCGCCUGUUAUAUACCCACGACCAUAUAACAGGCUGAAUCCAUUUCUGAGGACCUUGGGGUCAUUCAGUGAUGCGAUAGUUGAAAAUGCAAGAAAAACCGGUAAUUAUGAUUUAGGUUUGAGAAAUACACAUACAGAGGUAGCAUUGAAAGUUCUCUGUGGAGAACAAGCCAUCACACAAUCCAUAUGUUUGGGCAUAGUUGCAGUUUUUGCAGGAGAGAAUUGCAAAAACAUUAACCCAAAAGAUUGGUCAAACUUUCUACCACAUGUGUCAGGGACUUCGUUGAAAACUGUGCUUCAUGUUUAUCAACUUGUACUGGCAGAUGACUUUGUUCAAUUUGACUAUCAUCCUUGGUUAUUCGACAAUUUGAAGAAGUACAAUUCGACGAAGCCACCAAGGUAUAAUUUAAAAUUACUCACUACACCCGUAGGUCUAUUCUGGAGUUACAAUGACGGAUUCAUGGAUGAAAAAUCUGUGAAAAAAACAGCAGAUGCGCUACCCCAUCUUUUAGUGAACUUUCCAGUAGAGGACAAAAGUUUCUCUCACUUGGAUAUGGUUAUUGGUGACAAUGCCAACAUUGUAUUGUACCCUCAUAUCAUUAAACAAAUUGAAUCUAUCAAUAAGAAAAAAAUGCGACGGAAAACAUGAGACUGUUUGUUGAUUAACU